CUCAUGCAAAGUCACCUGAACAUCGAUACAAGCGUCGACCAAACGUAUCUAAAUAUAUAUAAAAACACCUGAAGUCCCAAGCUUAUAUUGUAACGUUAUCUAUAUAUCAUCAUGAUCAUGAAGAUAUCUAUGGCAAUGUGUAAACAGCCAUUGCCUCCUUCGACAACUUUAGACUUAUCUCCGGCUAGAUUUGGUCCCAAUAUGCUAACUCUAAACCCAUACGUCCCAAAGGAAAAAGUCGUGGUCAUCAUGGGAGCUACCGGAACAGGCAAGUCACGACUUUCCGUCGAUCUAGCCACACGUUUUCAAGCAGAGAUCAUAAACUCAGACAAGAUCCAAGUUCACCAAGGUCUCGACACUAUCACCAACAAGAUCACGACCGAGGAAAGAUGUGGGGUACCACACCAUCUCCUCAGUGUGUUGCCGCCUCAAGCCGACUUAACAGCUGCGAGUUUCUGCCACAUGGCAAACCUCUCAGUUGAAUCUGUUCAUAAACGUGGAAAGCUUCCAAUCAUCGUUGGAGGUUCCAACUCUUACGUUGAGGCUCUAGUCGACGACGACGACUACAAAUUUAGGUCAAGAUACGACUGUUGCUUCCUAUGGGUCGACGUGGCACUACCCGUUUUGAACGGGUUUGUGUCUGAGAGAGUUGAUAAGAUGGUGCAAAAUGGAAUGGUUGAAGAAGCUAGAGACUUUUUUGACUAUUCUGAUUCUGAUUACUCGAGAGGAAUAAAGAAAGCAAUCGGAGUUCCAGAGUUCGAUAUAUUUUUCAGGAGCGAACCGUUCUUGAAUGUGGGAGACAGAGAAGAAUUGUUGAAUAAAGUGAUAGAUGAAAUAAAGAGUAACACUUUCAAUUUAGCUUGUAAACAGAGAGAAAAGAUCGAACGGUUGAGAGAGAUCAAGAAGUGGUGCAUUCAGAGAUUGGACGCGACUCCUGUUUUCACAAGGCGUAGAUCAAAGGUGGAUGCUGACGUGGCGUGGGAGAGGCUGGUGGCUAGACCGAGCACCGAGGCUGUUUCACGGCUCUUGCUCGAUAUUGCCAGCCCUCAAUGGCUGGUGGAAACAUCAACCGCUGUGGUCAGGGAACGGGAGAUGUCCCUAGUGGCGUAAGCAGCUGGGAAAUGUGGUUAAGAAAUGUUCGGAUGGCAUCGCAAUGAUCAGAAAUGUUCAAGAUGUCUACGAUGAAUGGGGAAAAUAUUAAAAAAAUAUGCUAGAAAAUAAAGUUAUAUCUACGGCUCUAUAUAUAUUAUAUGCAUCAUAUUUAGUACUGUCAGAUACUGAAAUUUUGGUAUAACGGUUAUUCAGUAUUAUUUUCUACU